CAUGGCGGACUCUAUCAAGCAAAGAGUAUGUCUGCUGCUGGCGUAAUGGCUGAUCAUGUUAUAGAUAGUAUACGUCGGCCUUUGCUCGGGGUCGGUGUUUGCAAAUAUGAGAUUUUUUUUUUUUUUUUUUUUUUCGGAUCAGACGGCAGCGUCGUUAAUCUGACAGAAAGUAGACUGGAUAAAUAGACAGAGAUGCCAAUGUGCAAUUUACCUAAUACAUUGGCCAAUAUACGCUGGAGAUAGAAUGGGACCCUCGAUAACUCACGAUGCAGUUGAAAGCGAUACCAAUGACGAUGACGCUGUCCUCGUCCAGUUUGACGGUCCAGAUGAUCCGGACAAUCCGCACAAUUGGCCAUGGUUCCGAAGAAUAUGGGUGACCUUCGUGCUGGCUCUUUUCAAUCUCAUUGGCACCAUUUCCAGCAGCAUCUUUGGAACAGGGAAACACGAAAUCAUGGACGAAUUCCACGUCAGCAGUGAGGUUGCUGUUCUGGGAACAUCUUUAUUCCUCAUCGGAUAUAUCUUCGGCUUUUUAAUCUUUGGCCCUCUAUCAGAGAGAUUUGGCCGGAAAUAUCCCCUGAUCCUGGGCACCACCAUUUCCUCAUUGUUUGAUCUGAUGCCGGCCCUGGGCACCAAUAUAGAAACCGUUCUGGUCGGUCGAUUCUUCGCAGGCCUCUUUGGUGUCUCUCCCGUGGCAGUGUUAGGGGGCAUUGUCAGCGACUGCUUCACCUUGACGCAUCGUGGCACUGCCAUGGCCUUUGCAGUGGCUCUGGUCUUCUCUGGGCCGACAUUUGGUCCGGUUAUUGGUGGUUUCAUCACUGGCUCCUCUCUCGGCUGGCGAUGGACCAUGUGGGUGAUCAUCAUUGCUGGACUGACACUGUCUGCUGUGGCAACUGUUGUCUUUCCCGAAACAUAUCCAGCCAUCAUUCUGAAGAAGCGAGCGCGGCGACUGCGCAAGAAGUAUGGCAAUCCAAAUAUCAAGAGCCAGUCUGAGUUGCAAGUUCUCACUGCUCAAGAUGUGGCUCGAUUGUAUCUCGCUCGUCCGUUCUGGCUCUUCGUUACCCAGCCCAUCCUGGCGCUGCUGACUCUCUACCAAUCGUUCAUCUAUGGUGUUCUAUUCCUGUUCUACUCCUCGUAUCCCAUUGCCUUUGGUGAGGUCCGUGGCUGGCAUACUGGUCUCAACACUCUCCCCCUUCUCGGCAUCAUCAUCGGCGUCUUUACCGGCACGAUGGGCAUGGCCAUCUACGACCAACUCUACUUCCGAUAUCACUGCCAUGCCCCAGACGGAUUAUACAUCCCUGAAAGCCGUUUACCGCCCAUGAUCCUCGGGGCGGUGCUUAUUCCCAUUGGAAGUUUCUGGUACGCGUGGACAGCCAGCCCGAACGUUCCCUGGCCAAGCUCGGUCUGUGCCAGUAUCAUGAUCGGAUGCGGCAUGUAUCUGCUCUUUAUCCAAGGCUUCAACUACAUUGUCGAUUGCUACACGAGCAUGGCCAACAGUGCUAUGGGGGUCAACGGGUCGAUGCGCAGUGUCUUUGGCGCCGUGUUUCCCCUUUUCGCGACGCAGAUGUUCCACGGCGUGGGCGUUGCAUGGGCGAUGACAAUCAUCGGCAUUGUGAGUGCGUGUUUGAUUCCUGUUCCGAUUGUUUUUUGGUGUUGGGGGCAUCGGAUACGAAUGUGGUCGACUGCAAAGGUUUGA